GAUUUCGAAAGUAUGGGGACUUCCAGUUUCAAUACUAAUGAAACUCACUAUCCCCCAAGCCUCACCGUCUGAAUGGAGCAGGUUCUAUCAAUCUGCAAACAUUUUUUUAUGUCCUGUUGCCCUUUUAUACUCGUGCAAAUCAUUCAUUCCUUUAAUCAUCCAAUCAUUUUUCUCCUUCCAAACACCCAUGUUCCUUUCUGGAUUGUAGUACUCUUUGGAAGCUUCUCUCUAGCAAUUCUUCACUUCAUAGUUGUAAAAGAGCCCCCGAAAACUGAGGAAUUGCCAGUAGUGCUUGCAGCCUUUGUGAUGAGUGUAUUUUGGAUCUCCAAUGUGGCUGGGGAUCUCCUGAAUUGUCUUGCUGCUCUUGGAGCACUUCUCAAAUUGCCCCCUGCACUCCUUGGGUUGACAGUACUUGCAUGGGGAAAUUCGGUAGGUGAUCUAGUUGCUGAUGUGGCAGUCGCAAAAGCAGGCCAACCUGCCAUGGCCAUGGCUGGAUGCUUUGCUUGUCCUAUGUUUAACAUGCUUUUGGGGCUUGGAACAGCUUUGGUGAUACAGACAGCUAAGGUUUAUCCAGAAGCUUAUGAGCUCCGUCUCCACGUGAGUAUUGUGAUUGCAUUUGUGUUCUUGCUUUUGAGCCUGAUGGGGUCUCUGUUAGUUGUAACUUGGUACAGGUUCCGGGUGCCAAGAUUCUGGGGAUUCUGUCUUGUUGGUCUCUAUAUCAUUUUUAUGGCAGUGAGCCUAGUUGUGGCAAAGUUCACAGUAGUGUAAUUGGAAGGGAAUGGUGGUGCUGCCAAAAAUCCUCAUACAAUGAUAUGAGAGCUGUUUUGAGUAAAUUUCUUAGUUCCCAAGCUAAGCCUGCCCCAGCUAGAGAACUUUUCAAUCCAAUCAUUGCUAAAUGAAUUAUGGCAACCCCAUGGGAUCUUACGCAGCAAUUGGGUUUACAUCGGUCCAGUGAGUACUAACAUUGUCACCUGGAGACGGAAUGCUUUGAAAUCGGCUGUUCAUUGUAAAAGAUUCAGUAUCAUUAAUUUUCCAAUCUUUAAGUUACAAGAUCAGACUGAUAUCGCAGAAAUUUUAUCCUAAUUUUUCUCGUCCAAAAUUAUUAUUAUUAUUAUUUUUGGUGGUUUUUCAGCUAGUUGGCUGAAAAGUUAAUCUAAGUUUCUAUGAACAGUUUGUUUGGUUAUAUCAGACGAAUGCACUUCAUAAAUAUCCCAGUUAUUGUAGUGAAAUGCACAUACAACAUUAUUGUAUUUUGCUUGGGCUGUACUGUAGUCUUAAUGACAAGUUUAAAUUUUCC